UUUAUCUCUGUUUUGAUGGCCCUGCUUUAUAUGCAGCUUAUGCCUUUAGGAUACAGGGGGCCAAAAUGUGUGAAAGAAGGUGUUACUUUGCCUGUUGGAAUUCAUCCCUUAAUAGUCUUGUGUUUCUCAAGGCAACCUGCCAAAACACUGUGGUAUGACCGCCCGCGGUAUGUUUUUCUGGAGUUCUGCGUGGAAGACAGCAUUGAUGUCAAAGUUGACAUCCAGGACUAUCGGGUGAUACUCAGCUGCAAAAAUGUGGAUAGCGUGGAGUUCUACAAUGAAAUCGACUUCUAUGCCAGAGUGAAUUCCAAGGACUCACAGAAUAAGCGCUCUGGUCGAUCCAUCACCUGCUUCAUGAGGAAGUGGAAGGAGAAGGUGGCAUGGCCACGCCUCACCAAGGAGAACAUCAAGCCAGCCUGGCUAUUUGUGGACUUUGAUAACUGGAGGGACUGGGAAGGAGAUGAGGAGGUGGAGAAGGUCAUGGUUGAGGAGUAUGCAGAGCUCCUGCAGAAGGUCACACAUAAAGACCCUCCCCCUGCAAUGGAUGACCUUGAUGAUCCGGACGACCGGGGCCUCAUCGAGGACAUCCCCGUGCUGCGAGUGACCCGGCAGGGCGCGGAGGCGCUGCAUUUCGUCCAGACGCCGCUGGAGCCGGGCCGCGAGGUGCGGCUGUCGCUGGACUGGGACAGGAGGUUCGACCACAUGCAGCAGCACUCGGGGCAGCACCUCAUCACUGCCAUUGCAGAUCUGAUGUUUGGAUUCAAAACCACCUCAUGGGAGCUGGGCCGUCAGCGAAGUGUCAUAGAACUGAACACGCCCUCAAUGACAAGGGAGCAAGUGGUGGCUCUAGAGGAGAAUGUGAAUGAGAAGAUACGGGCCCAUGUUCCCGUGACGGUGAAGGAGUUCUCUGAUGGUGACCCAGAGGUGGAAAUGGUGAGAACCCGUGGUUUACCAGAUGACCAUACAGGGCCAGUACGAAUUGUGAGCAUUGAGAAUAUAGAUGACAACAUGUGCUGUGGAACUCAUGUUUCUAACUUAAGCCAGUUGCAGGUUAUUAAACUGCUUGGCACAGAAAAAGGAAAAAAGAACAAAACAAACUUGGUUUUCCUGGUGGGGAAUCGAGUACUGAAGUCUGUUGAACGGAGUCAUAGCACUGAGAAGACUCUCACUUCACUGCUCAAGAAUGGGCCAGAGGAACAUGUGGAAGCUGUGAAGAGGCUGCAGAAUUCUGUGAAGAUGCUUCAGAAGAACAACUUGAACCUGCUUAGAGACCUAGCUGUUUUGACAGCCCAGAGCUUCAAAAGCAACCCGAAUCGAGGCCAGCUGUUUGUAUUACACAGGAAAGAUGGUGACACUGAGUUCAUGAACAUCAUUGCUAAUGAGAUUGGGAUGGAUGAAACCCUGCUGUUCCUAACUGUGGGAGAUGAGAAAGAAGCUGGUCUCUUCCUCCUGGCUGGGCCUAUCGAAGUAGUUGAGAAUUUAGGUCCCAGGGUGGCUGAAAUCUUGGAAGGCAAAGGAGCUGGGAAACGGGGCCGCUUCCAAGGCAAGGCAAACAGGAUGAGCAGGCGAGCUGAAGCACAGGCCCUGCUCCAGGAAUUCAUUGGCCACCAAAGCCCAGAAGUAUGAAGAACAGCCCUUUCCCUUGGACUAUCCUGCCUGGAAGCAUAAUGGUAUGCCACCACUGACACUCCUAGAAUAAUAAAGAUAUGGGAAGAAUGA